ACCACACCCGCUGCAGGUCGCAUACAUUCACCAUGGACGCAGACUACGUUCAGCGCGAGGACGACCUCCAGAACUUCACUCUCGACCCUUCCGAUCCUCUCAACCUUCUCCUCCAAUCCACAGACACCGACGACUCCUCUGCCUCGGCAGACUCACCCGACUGGUCCCAGUACUCCUCCCUCUGGCCCAGUCAGGCAGACACUCAGAAUGCCAUGCCCCCGUCUAUGGACGACAUGAACUCCAAGUUCCCCGACUUUGGCAUGGACUUUGACUUUUCCUCCUUGCCCGACCUCGAUCUUACCAAUGGCGCCAUGGCAAUGUCCAUGUCCAUGUCCGUCGAUCCAAGCGCCCUCCACUUCGACAACAAGGCUAUCUCCCAGCCUGAAUUUGGUGUACCUGUCACGCCUCAGCAGCAGCAUCAACAGCCGCCACAGAACAUGUUCGCCGGCGGCUUCCCAUUCACCUUCUCUCCUACCCUCAGCACCACCUCUGUAUCCUCCAAUUCCACUGCCGACAAGUCGCCAAUCCCAUCUGAACCUCCAAUCCAAGUUCCAGCUCCCGCACCCAAUCCUGGGUCAGAUCCCAACUUCGACUUCACCGCAGCUCUUCACGCCGCUCUGAACAUCAACCCCAAGCUCCCCAUCCCAAGACUCAUGCCGUCUGCCGCCGUUGCAAUGCAAAACCAGCAGCCCGCACUCUCCUCCGCAUCCUCCACCUCUUCAUCACCGUCCCCGGGGCCCAGCACCCCGCCUGACUCAACCGGUCACUUCAACGCUGCAAACGCCAAUGGGGGAGCCAUUGCUAUGCCCUCGGCACCCGCGCCGCGGCCCAAGACGAGCCACACAACCAUCGAGCGACGUUACCGCACUAACCUGAACGCGCGCAUCCAGGGCCUGCGCCAGGCUGUGCCCGCGUUGCGCGUGCUUGAUCCCAACACGGCGAACGCGGACGAUGUGGUCGAUGAGCGCGGGUACAUUGACGGUGUCAAGGUCGCGCGCAAGGGCAGCAAGGCAAACGUAUUGGGCAAAGCCGUCGAAUACAUCAGGGUACUCAAGCGCCGCGAAUCGCGGCUCAUCCGCGAACAAUUCGGUCUACGUACGCUCAUCAGCGGGCUUCCCGGCGGCGCCAACCUUCUCGGCAAAUGGGAGAGCGAGUGGGUGGCCAAGUUUGGCGGGCCGGAGCGCGACGAGCUCACGUACGCUGAUGCGGAGGAGCUGAGCGAUGAUGAAGACGGGGAUGGGGACGGCGAGGGCGAUGGAGAGGAUGCAGCGGACGCGCCGAGGAAGAGGGUGCGCCUUGCUCCUGUGAAGAAGGAGCGGGCUACACCGCCCGUCACCUCUCAGCAGCAGCAGCAAAGACGGAUAGCGCCGAGCGCUCCUGUUGUCCCUGCUGAGGGUCUUGGUACGGUGCCAGAGAAGCGGAAGCGUGGUCGGCCACGCAAGAUCCAGCCUGGGGCGCCUCCGGCACAGACGAUGGGAGCAGCAGCUGCUCCGGGCGCUGCGCCUGUGAUGCUUGCGGAUCCUGCGAUGGUUCAACAGCUGCAGAUGCAGCAACAAGCGCAACAGGGACAGCCGCAACAGUAUCUUCUGGCGGUCUUUGCGCUGUUUUCGUUCUUCAACUCGCCACUUACGUCCUACACUGCCUCCUCCGCGCACCAGCAGCAUCACGCGCACACCGGCUCGGUCCUCUCGCAUUCCUCUCCUGCUCAAGCACACGCGAACGCCACCGCGGAGAAGCUUGCACCUGCGGGCAUGACAUGGGCCACAGCGGUGCAGACUGUACACCUCCUCGCGUCGCUGCUCGUCAUUGUGUCCGUGGUCUUCCCGCUCCUGCCGCGGCGCGUGCGCGCCUCUCGUCUCGCAAGGCUGAUCCCGUUCAGCGGAGCGCUGCGUGGUCUGUCUACCUCAUCGGCUCCUGCCCCUGCUGUCGCUACGCCAGCGACGAGCUACGAGAGUGUGAGCAGCAGGGACGAGCUGCCGACGCCGCCGGAGAGUCCGGUUGUGAGCGGAUCGGAGAGCGAGACGGAGGUGGAGGCAGAGUCGGAGGCGGAAGGAGAGGCUGAGGCGAAGCCGAAGGACCCUAUCACGCAAGCGCUGAUGCGCCGUGGCCAGGCGGACGAAAAGGCUGCUCUACUUGACGCGCUCAAUCUUGCGCCUGGUGUGUUCGGCGCAGUGCGGAGCGCGCUCCGUGCAGAGGACACCGCACGUAAGGGGAACGCCACUGCUCCCGUCAAUCGCGCAUGGGCACGGCUCGGCGAGGUGAUCCUGCUCGAGGGCGCGACGAUGACAGCCGCGGCCACGCGUAUGCGGGUGUAUUCUCGACUUUCCGCAUCCUCCGCUGGUGGUGCCUCUGCUGCACCGAGCGAGACGGCGACUGCUGCUCUGCUGGCGCGUACGCUCCCGAUGCCGUUCGCACGGUCCCGUGCCGAGCGUCUGUGGGACGCUGCGCGUACUAGCGCGCGCAAGGGCGUCGUGCGCGCGUGCGAGCGUCUUGUGCUGGAUACGCUGCUCGCGGAGGAGGCCGGUGCGAUGCUGGAUGCGCUGUGCGCCCGGGACGGCGACAAGAGCAAGAGCGCGAACACGAUGACAACGCCGCUUGACCUCCUCGCCAUCGAGCUCGUGUACGAGCGCGUGCGCGCGCACGCGGCGGAGUUGUUCGUCGAGCGGGUUAUGCCCGAGUCUUCCGCGGAUACUGCCGCUGGCACCGAUGGUUCCGACGAGAAGGAGCAAAGCGAAGAUGACAAGCGCCGGGAGAAGGAAGCGAGAGAUGAACGCUGGCGCGUCACUGUCGCCGCCGCGCGGAGUCUCGGCGGGGCCCCGCGGGCACUCGCGGACGCGUUCGAGCGCGCGUGGACGCUGGGCACGCUUGAGCUAGCGGAGCUCGUUGCGCUCGGUCGACCUGCCCCUGCUGCACCUUCAUCCUCCGCUUGCUCUGCAUCUGCAGCGCCCCAGGCUGCACGCAACAGCGGUUCGAAGGAGGACGCGCGUGUGCUUCUUGCUGCUGUGGUGCUGCAUCGGAAGGUGUUCCCCCGUGCCGCCGCUGCGGCUGGGACGAUCGCGCCGUCGAUUGUCGUCGAGCACGCCUGCGUGGACGCGGACGAGGAGGGAGUGCUGUCGCCGCCGCCGACGCCGCCCCGCAGUUCUGGGUUUGCGGCUGCCGGCGCUGAUGUCGGUGCGAAUGCGACGAGGGAGCAAGAGCGGGCGGAGAAGGAGCGCGAGCGAGACGUGGUGCGGUUGCGGCGCGUGCUGGGCUCGGGUGUGUUCGACUACCGCGAGGAUGCGCCGCUGCUCGAGGAUGCAAGGGACUGUGUUGUGGAUCGGUUGGUGGACGGGGAGAGGAGGGUGAGGGGGCGGUCGUAAAGUUUCCCGUUUGUCAGGCGUGUCGUGUCGAUGGACUGAGGGAGAGUAGAGAUACUUAUGGAUUGUUCAUUGGAGAAUCUUGUUUGUU